GCUCCUAGCGCUAGCCAUGGCCAUGCUGCCCGACAUAAAUGGAAGUUAGAUCAUGGAAGCAUUAAUUAAUAAUAAGAAGAAAAUGCCACAGGCGUACAGCGCUUGCCAAAUUGACAGCUAGAAACAUUUCCAAAAUCUUGAGACUCCAGUCAGCUGCCCAGCUCGUCGAUCGCAGCCAGCAACAGCAACAGCCAGCAAGCUAAGAUUCAUCAUGGCUUACGAAAUCUCUCGGCCUCCAUAAAUCACCCAUCGCAAGCAUGCUCUAGCAUUAGCAUUACCUUGCCCCCGAAACGCCAGGGCGGCCAUCGAAACGCGAGAGCCAUUCGAGGAUAGGUGGAGGCAGCAGUGGCAAGGAACGCGAGGGCAACAAGAAACUGCGGCUAGCGAUGGCGGACACGCCGUCGCCGUCGCCGACGGCGGCCGCCGGGGCGGAGCCGGGGUCCGCGUCGACGCCGCUGCUGCGGCGGAGGGGCUCGUACACGCGGACCGUGUCGCACGCGCGCGACGAGCUCAGCAGUUUCCGCUCCGGCCUGCGGUGGAUGUGCGUCGACCACUCGGACGCCUCCAGCCCCGCCGUGUCCUGGCUCGUCUUCGCCGCGCUCGGCGUGGCCGUCCCCGCCGCCGCGCACGCGGCGGCGGCGCCGCGGCGCGCCUACGACACGCAGGUGCAGGUCUCGCUCACGCUCUCCGCCGCGCUGGCCUACACCACCCUCUACUCCCUCGUCCGGCGCCACGGCCUGCGCCGGCUGCUCUACCUCGACCGCCUCCGCCACGACUCGCAGGACGUCCGCGCCGGGUACAUCGUCCAGCUCGCGGGGUCCUUCCGCCUCCUCGCCUGCUUCGUGCUCCCCUGCUUCCUCGCCGACGCCGCGUACAAGGCCUUCUGGUACUGCGCCAACCGCCCCUUCCCGCUCUGGUGGUCGGCCGCGGCGUGCGCGCUGGAGAUGGCGUCGUGGAUGUACCGCACAGCCAUGUUCUGCAUGGCGUGCGUGCUGUUCCGCACCAUAUGCUACCUGCAGAUCCUCCGAAUGACGGGGUUCGCGCGGGACUUCGGCCAGUGCGCCGACGUCGCCGCCGUGCUGAGGCAGCACCGGCGCAUACGCGUCCAGCUCCAGCGGAUCAGCCACCGCUACCGAAGCUUCAUACUCUACUCUCUCAUCCUCGUCACCGCCAGCCAGUUCACUGCGCUUCUCGCCGCCACCAGACCCCACGCGCGUGUCAACUUCGCCACUGCCGGCGAGCUCGCGCUCUGCUCCAUGAGCCUCGUCACGGGACUGCUCGUCUGCCUCCAUAGCGCGGCCAAGAUCACGCACAAGACGCAGUCGAUCACCAGCGUCGCCGCGGCGUGGCACGCCGACGCCACCAUCAACAGCCUGGACCGUGACCAGGAGAACCCCAGGACGCCCAGCAAAGCGUGCCUGCAGCAGCAAACGCCCACGAGUCCCUUCCCGAUGGCGGGCGCGUCGUCCGGCGAAGAGUCCGACGACGACGAGUGGCGGAGCGAGGACGGCGUGGACACCUCAAGGUUCACGCCUUUCCACGCCACCAACGUCUCCUUCCAGAAGAGGCAGGCGCUAGUGACGUACUUGGAGAACAACCGGGCGGGGAUCACGGUGUUCGGUUUCGUCGUCGACCGGACAUGGCUACACGCGCUGUUUAUGAUCGAGUUCUCGCUGGUAAUGUGGCUGCUAGGGAAGACGAUCGGCAUAUCUUGAGGAGGAGAUGCAUUUACUUGUGAAUGAUACAACCAAGAAUUUAUCAUUCUGCCCUUUACUGUAAAGGUCCAAGUAGAUUAUGUCGUUCUAAAUGUACAAAUUUGAGCUCAGAUAGUAGUUUUUUUGUUUGUUGUUUGUCUGAUCCCCAAGAAUAUCGACUCUACAAAAUUUGCCUUUUGACAA